AUGCGCACCUACUGUGGGAAGGUGGGACACACCGUCGAUCGCUGUUGGACCAAGCAGAAGAAUGAAAGUCGAGGAGCCCGACGCGGCGGCAAUGGUCGUGGACGCGGGGCAAACAAUGUCCAGUGGGGACAAUAUCGUGAUGAAGACGGCGACUACGAUCAAGUAGCGUUUGCAGUUUCGCUAGAGUGUGGACUCUCAGCGAAGAAGGACGUGUCCGGAAUGUGGGCGGUCGACAGUGGUGCAACACACCACAUAUGCCACGACAAGACCAAGUUUGCAAGACUUAACAAGCGCAACGACGGUGAAAUCUUGGUGGCGGAUGGCAACAAAGUGGCCAUCAAGGGUGUUGGAACCAUCUUUGAAAAGGUGGUUCUGCCCGACGGUGAAGAGCGCGAGAUCGAGAUCAAGAACGUGCUUUACGUACCAAGCAUGAGCAAGAAUCUACUAUCGGUACCGCAGAUCAACAAGCACGGUAAGUUCCAAGUCGUGUUCGACGGGACCAAGAUCUCAUAG